AUGGAGACAGGAACGAAAGUAACGGCGGUGACAGCGACGGUUACGGCGGCGACGAUGGGGAUUGGUACGAGGAAGAGAGAUCUGAAGCCGUACAAAGGGAUACGGAUGAGGAAAUGGGGGAAAUGGGUGGCGGAGAUUAGAGAACCGAACAAGCGUUCGAGGAUCUGGCUCGGUUCUUACUCGACGCCUGAAGCGGCGGCGAGAGCUUACGACACUGCUGUUUUCUACCUCCGUGGUCCUUCGGCGAGGCUUAAUUUCCCGGAGCUUUUGGCCGGACUCACGGUUUCAGGAAGAGGAGAAGGCGAAGAUAUGUCGGCGGCGUAUAUAAGGAGAAAAGCGGCGGAGGUCGGUGCUCAGGUAGACGCGCUUGGAGCGACGGUGGUUUUGAGAUCCGGCGAGAAUCUCGGUGAUUACGAGGAUAAGGAGAAUCGUAACGGAACUAAAACCGGUAACGGGUCAUUGGAACGGGUCGAUUUGAAUAAAUUACCCGACCCGGAGAAUUCGGAUGACGAUGACGAGUGGGUGAAGAGGAGAUAG